GGCGCCCGAGAGCCGAGGAGGCAGCUCCGGAGCGGAGUGGAGCGGGGCGGAGCCGAGCGGAGCGGAGCGGAGCGGGAUCCACCCCUGUUCUCUGGCGGGAAAACCCUGAGGAGAUUUUUAAGUGUUGUGAGUCUGAGGAUGGGGAGUCAGGACGACUAAAUCCCACUCUUCUGUGACACUGUAGCCGGAAAACUGUCGAAAUCUGUGCCAGGAUAAAUCCAUAGGAUAAGAAAAGAUGGCAUCUAAAGUAAAUACCAGUUACACUUUGAUACCCAACCAGAAAUGUAAACGUACUAACCAUCAAUCCAGCUAUUUUUGCAACACCCUUGAUUUGGAUCCUCAACUCUUAUCUACACUUGGAAACUUUAAAGUCUUACCAUUGGAAAUAUUCCACAUAAUUUUAAGAUAUUUGUCAGUGAAGGAUAUUGGCAUGUUAAGCAUGGUGUCCAAAACAGUCAGCCAGCACAUAAUUAAUUAUAUCUCAACAUCCUCUGGAAGCAGAAGACUUUUAAUACAGAACUUUCAUGACCUUGAUCUGUCUGGCACGAAAGAAGAGAGUCGCCUACUGGAGCACUACAGAGCUCUAGGUCUACUAUUUAAAAGAUGCACCUUGCUGCUUCCCACCAAGGACAGACUAAAGUACAUUCACAAGAUCCUCUCAGAGGUUUCCUGUUUUAAAUUCAGCAGCUGUUCAGCUCCUUUGCAAUGUUUAGGAUUACCAUGUUAUGGCAUGUUUUUACAGACCUUAACAGCGGGUUGGGAUGAACUCGAAUGCCAUCGUGUUUAUAACUUCUUAUGUGAGCUGACUAAUCUCUCCCGUAAGAUGCAGACUGUUGUCUGUAACAAACCAGGAAGUGCCAGAAAACUAGAGUUAAGGAUUAGACUGUUCUGUAGGAAUGUCCUACUUGAUCACUGGACACAACGAAGUGAUUCUGCAUUUUGGUUGACUAGAAUAUUAAAACCAUGGCCAAUGGUAAAUCAGGCAAGAUUGCUCUAUAUUAUCUUUGGACCAACAUCUCCUCAAGAUGGGCAGGUGAUUUGGCAGGAAAUGGUGGAGGGACCCACAGAUGAAUCCAGUCUGAAAGGUUUGGCUAAUGCCAUUAAGUUACUGUAUGACACAGGUACCAAAGAGUGGACAGCAGAUGAUGUUAUCAGUCUUGUAGAUGAAUUAUCAGUGGUUCCCCGGGAGUGGCUUCUGGAAAAUAAUGCACGCCUCCUAAUCCUGAGUGGGAACAACAUCUGCUUCACUUUUAUGGCUAGUAAAGCUGGAGAAGGAGGAGCCAUUGAGCUAGCGAGGCUCAUAGUCUUUUUGGCUUUGGUGUGUGAGAAAGAGCUGUACUGCAUGGACUGGACAGUUAGAAUGAUGCAAAAAGUCUGCAAGGUCUUCAGUGCUGCAGCAGAGAGAAAGAGCUUCCUGCAGAGCGUGGCAAAUGCUUUUGCCUGUGUCACCAUGGAAAUGCUGCAGCCUAUUAUGUCUGGAGAGCGAGAUGAUGAUGACAGAGGCUUCCUGAAUUUGUUCCAUCUUCUGCAUGCUCAGGCAAACUUCCAUAAGGAGGUGCUAUAUUUGACCAUGAAUGCCUCUUCUUCCUAAGUCAAGAAGCUUGUCACUUAAAGAAUAUGUCACCAGACUAGUGCUUAGGAGAGUGACGCUUUUUCACAUCCAGGGGUAGCAUCUGUUGGACUUUUGAUGAUCUAAUUAUCCAGAAACUCCAGCUGCACAGGAUUUAGCUGUAACUGCUUCACCUUGAUUAAUGUAAAAUAACUUGCAAACCCAAGAACGUGUUGCUACUUUUCUGGGAAACAGCUCUACCUCUCCAGGUCUUGGUAAACUCAACAUCAAACUAAAACAGAAUGUUAACUGUGCUAUAAUCUGCAGCCAACUCAACCUAUUUGUGUGGCUCUUUGAAGCAAGAGCUAAUUCUGCUUUACUAAGAACAGAUUCACUUUCGUUAACUAGUGAUUUCUGUUCACUUCGCUUAGGCUGAGCAAAUAUGGCCCAAAUGUUUUAUGAGGAUUUGUAAUACUGUGUUUUAGAAUGUAUUAUGCAUUAUGUAAGUCACAUUCUUUACCACCUUCGUAGCAUAUGAUUACAAAAUAAAUCUUAUAUUUCAUUUAUAUUUUGGAUGAACUAAGAAAAAAUCCAAAAUAAAUAUGUGUGGAUACAUA